AUGUCAUCUGAGCAGAGGGAUCCAGAAGAGUUACCUGCCAUGAGCUCUGGUGGAAAGUCAACGGAAGAGAAUCGGCUGACAGAAGAGAAAAUACGGGAUAUGUUAAAGGAUCCGAAUUCCGAAAAAGAUAUGCUGGAUGCCUUCUUGAAUGGCAUUGAAGCCCAGGAGUCCUUCCCAGAGACAUCCCCACUUGCCAGCGUCCGAAAUAGCAAGAUUGGUACAAUCAUUGACAGCCAGGACAAGCUGACAGAGGCAGAGGAGAUGUACCAACCAGCACUGGCAGGCAAGGAGAAGGCCCUUGACCCAGAUCAUACUCCCGAAACUCUGAACAACCUUGGAAAUCUCUAUAGAGAUCAAAGGAGGUUGAAAGUGGCAGAGGAGAUGUAUCAGCGAGCACUGGCAGGCUAUAAGGAGGCCCUUGGUCCAGAUCAUAUCUGUACUCUCGAAACUAUGAACAACCUUGGUCUUCUCUACUCUGAACAGCCCAAGCUGAAAGAGGCAGAGGAGAUAUUCCAGCGCACACUAGCAGGCAAGGUGAAGAGUCUUGGUCCAGAUCAUAUGUCCACUCUCAAAACGGUCAACAAUCUUGGAAAUCUCUAUAGAGAUCAAGGGAGGUUGCAAGAGGCAGAGGAGAUGUAUCAGCGAGCACUAGCGGGCUAUGAGAAGGCCCCUGGUCCAGAUCAUACGUCUACUCUCAAAAUAGUCAACUACCUUGGUCUUCUCUACUCUGAUCAGGGCAGACUAAAAGAGGCAGAGGAGAUGUACCAGCGAGCACUAGCGGGCUAUAUAAUGGCCCUUGGUCUUGAUCAUACGUCUACUCUCAAAACGGUCAACAACCUUGGUCUUCUCUACUCUGAUCAGGGUAAGCUAAAAGAGGCAGAGGAGAUGUUCCAGCGAGCACUAGCGGGCUACGAGAAGGCCCUUGGUCUAGAUGAUAUCUCUACUCUCGAAACGGUCCACAACCUUGGUCUUCUCUACUCUGAUCAGGGUAAGCUAAAAGAGGCAGAGGAGAUGUUCCAGCGAGCACUAGCGGGCUACGAGAAGGCCCUUGGUCUAGAGGAUAUCUCUACUCUCGAAACUCUGAACAACCUUGGAAAUCUCUAUAGAGAUCAAGGGAGGUUGAAAGUGGCAGAGGCGAUGUAUCAGCGAGCACUAGCGGGCUAUAAGGAGGCCCUUGGUCCUGAUCAUAUCUCUACUCUCGAAACUAUGAACAACCUUGGUCUUCUCUACUCUGAUCAGGGCAAGCUAAAAGAGGCAGAGGCGAUGUUCCAGCGCGCACUUAUGGGCAAGGAGAAGGUUCUUGGUCUAGAUCAUUCGUCUACUCUCAUAACGGUCUACAAUCUUGGAAAUCUCUAUAGAGAUCAAGGGAAGUUGAAAGGGGCAGAGGAGAUGUAUCAGCGAGCACUAGCGGGCUAUAAGGAGGCCCUUGGUCCUGAUCACCAAACAACCCAAGGUGUUCUGGAGCAGCUCAAUAUGCUAAACAUCACAGAUAGAAACUAG